ACUCUUUAGAUCUCUCUUGAAGAGGGCUGGUAUAUUUGUGCCUGCUGGAGGUGGAAUUAACAGUAAGAAGGAGAAAGGGAUUGAAUGGACUUACAGGAAGGAUUUCAAGUAAAUUCAGGGAAACACAUUUACUUGAAUAGUACAACCUAGAGUAUUAUUUUACACUAAGACGACACAAAAGAUGUUAAAGUUAUCACCAAGCUGCCGGACAGAUAUAUAUUCCAACACCAAGGUGCAGAUCAGCAUAGAUCUGUGAUUCAGAAAUCAGGAUUUGUUUUGGAAAGAGCUCAAGGGUUGAGAAGAACUCAAGAGCAAGUGAAGAUUACUUUGGGAACUACAGUUUAUCAGAAGAUCAACUUUUGUUAAUUCAAAUACCAAAGGCCUGAUUAUCAUAAAUUCAUAUAGGAAUGCAUAGGUCAUCUGAUCAAAUAAUAUUAGCCGUCUUCUGCUACAUCAAUGCAGCAAAAACUCUUAACAACUGUGGAUAAUUGGAAAUCUGAGUUUCAGCUUUCUUAGAAAUAACUACUCUUGACACUUUCCAAAAUAUUUAAAAUAGGACAGGAAAAUCAGUGAGGAUGUUGUGCUCAGAAAUGUCACUGUCAUGAAAAAUAGGUAAAUUUGUUUUCAGCUACUGGGAAAGUGUACCUCCUAGAAACUUAGAUUUUUUUUUUUUUUUUUAAGAGGACAAGAAGGACUAAAAAUAUCAACUUUUGCUUUUGGACAAAAAUGCAUCUGACUGUAUUUUUACUUAAGGGUAUUGUGGGUUUCCUCUGGAGCUGCUGGGUUCUAGUGGGUUAUGCAAAAGGAGGUUUGGGAGACAAUCAUGUUCACUCCAGUUUUAUUUAUAGAAGACUACGGAACCACGAAAGACGGGAAAUACAAAGGGAAAUUCUCUCUAUCUUGGGUUUGCCUCACAGACCCAGACCAUUUUCUCCUGGAAAACAAGCGUCCUCUGCACCUCUCUUUAUGCUGGACCUCUACAAUGCCAUGACCAAUGAAGAAAAUCCUGAAGAGUCGGAGUACUCAGUAAGGGCAUCCUUGGCAGAAGAGACCAGAGGGGCAAGAAAGGGAUACCCAGCCUCUCCCAAUGGGUAUCCUCGUCGCAUACAGUUGUCUCGGACGACUCCUCUGACCACCCAGAGUCCUCCUCUAGCCAGCCUCCAUGAUACCAACUUUCUGAAUGAUGCUGACAUGGUCAUGAGCUUUGUCAACUUAGUUGAAAGAGACAAGGAUUUUUCUCACCAGCGAAGACAUUACAAAGAAUUUCGAUUUGAUCUUACCCAAAUUCCUCAUGGAGAGGCAGUGACAGCAGCUGAAUUCCGGAUAUACAAGGACCGGAGCAACAACCGAUUUGAAAAUGAAACAAUUAAGAUUAGCAUAUAUCAAAUCAUCAAGGAAUACACAAAUAGGGAUGCAGAUCUGUUCUUGUUAGACACAAGAAAGGCCCAAGCUUUAGAUGUGGGUUGGCUUGUCUUUGAUAUCACUGUGACCAGCAAUCAUUGGGUGAUUAAUCCACAGAACAAUUUGGGCUUACAGCUCUGUGCAGAAACAGGGGAUGGACGCAGUAUCAACGUAAAAUCUGCUGGACUUGUGGGAAGACAGGGACCUCAGUCAAAACAACCUUUCAUGGUGGCCUUCUUCAAGGCGAGUGAGGUACUUCUUCGAUCUGUGAGAGCAGCCAACAAACGAAAAAAUCAAAACCGUAAUAAAUCCAGCUCUCAUCAGGACUCCUCCAGAAUGUCCAGUGUUGGAGAUUAUAACACAAGUGAGCAAAAACAAGCCUGUAAGAAGCACGAACUCUAUGUGAGCUUCCGGGAUCUGGGAUGGCAGGUUCAUCUGAUGUUUCCUGAUCACGUACCAAAGCCUUGUUGUGCUCCAACCAAAUUAAACGCCAUCUCUGUUCUGUACUUUGAUGACAGCUCCAAUGUCAUUUUGAAAAAAUAUAGAAAUAUGGUAGUACGCUCAUGUGGCUGCCACUAAUAUUAAAUAUUGAUAAUAACAAAAGAUCUGUAUUAAGAUUUAUGGCUGCAAUAAAAAGCAUACUUUCAGACAAAUGGGGAAUUUCCUAAAAUUAGUCUGGCUCAUUUUGACUCUUUUCCUAUGUACAAUAUCAUGUAUAUAGUCAUUUUUAUUUAUUUAAAGGUAUAUAUUCUCUUUUGUGGAUGCUUUAUCAGUAAAAUUUAUAGGCCACUACAUUAUACAAUAGAUCAUCUAGUCUAAUUUUCAAUGGGUUAUGCUGAGUCCAUUCAAUUCCAUUUCAACAUUUUUUUCGAAUACAAUUUUAUAUAAUUUUCUGAGAUUAGACAGAACUCCUUUGACUGUUUAAUAUUGUGGAAGGAAAUUGAAUAAUUUAUUUAUAUUGUGCCAAUGAAAACCACGAUAGGAUAUUUAUUUAGAAAUAAGACUUAAAAAAAUAACAACCCAAACAAAAAUGCUUGGAUAAACACAAUUUCUCUUUUAGAGUUCCUGCUUCAUUAGAUAAAGUGAAAUGUUGAACUGGAUUUGAAUAAAUAAACAGUAGGCAGAACAUAGAAGCUGAAAGAUUGCACAUAAUUGUUUUAACUGUUUGCUUUAAUAAAACUGGUGUAACUGUAGGAGCAUGUUCCUUUUUGGCUUGUGGAUCGUAGAUUUUGCAAAGAGCUCAAAGCUUCAGAAGACAGGCUUGAGCCUGUGUCCAUAGCUUUCCAAGUUAACACUAACUGUAGUACAACCUUCUUACCUCAAAUAAAUCAUAUCUGCCUAUUAUCUAGAACACUACUGCUGCAGAAUUUUUUUUUUUUUUUUUUUUUUUAGAUUUAAAAACCUAGUCCAAAAUAAAUAAACAUUUACAUGUGCUCCACUUUCCUCCCCACAGGCAGGAGUCACUGCAUGCAUAAAACGUACAAGAGCAGAAGAUGCCGACAGAACCAUUUUCUUUAACUCUCCUUUAUAACUGAGUUUGCUGAUUGAUGUGAUGCAAGGGAUUUUAUUUAGAAGUAAAAGCACUGAAACUAAACUGGAGGAAAUUAUCAAAAGUCCCAGAAUGGCUUUGACAGAAUUGCCAUUUCUGAAGAACAGCUGAAAUUCAUUUUUUCAUAUCUUUGAGAGUGAGCUCAAUGAAAACCUUAUUUUGUAAAGGGAUUCUGUAAACCUUCUUCCAAGCACAAGUAAUUCCAAACAGGAAGGUUCUGGGGCGGGGGUGUGUGGGUGUGUGCAUGUGUGUUCUUCCCUCUAAAAUUAAUUUAUUUUCUCUAUCUAUUGGAAUGCCCUGUAAGGCCUUUCUUUAAUACACACUGACUUUUUGAAGAAUGAUCUUCAGAAUGAUAACUUGCUAUUUUAUGGUGACUCUGUGGUUAGGCUUAUUUACAGUUAAUCUAAAAUAUUCAUAAAGCACCAUUUAUUAAUCAUCCUUUUGGAUCUUUCAAACAAAAUUUAAAAGUGUCUUCAAAAAUGUUAUGGCUUUGUAAUUCAGGUAUAUUAAAAUGUUUUGAAAUACAGUUUAUCUUAAAGAAAAUUUGACAGUAACUAUAUUAACGGGGAUGUUAAGUAAUAUAUUUUUGAUUAAUGGUGUACCAUUGAGAGAAUAAGAAAGGGAAGUCUAUUAUUUUAUUCUUUAAAUGUGCUGUUUAAAUAUAUUUCCAUAUUUUAAAAUAAAACAGAUGCUAAUUUCUGCUGUUCUUGAUUUGGUUCUUUAUUUAAAAGGAAUACAAAAUGUAAGUAUGUCAUAAAUUGAGACUAUAAAAAUAUUUAUCAAAUACAAAGUGUGGAUCACAUGAUUCUUUAUGUUGUUCUUAAUUGCUAAAAUUGUUUUUUGUGUUGUUAAUAAUUAUCUCACUAUUAAAUGUGCAAAGCAACAA